AUGUCGUCGUCCCAUAUUUCGACUGCCACAACCUGUAUCACUCCCCUGCUUCUUUUGUUGAUCAUCACAUACCUUCCAUCUCCUGCCAUUACCCAACCCAACUUGCCAAUAACCCCCACCAUUGCGGAAUGUGGCCCACGUAUCCUUCCACUAGCCAUGUGUGCACCAUUCGUUCAAGGUGUAUCCACAACACCGACACAAUCAUGUUGUGAUAGCCUGGGGCAUAUCAAUCAGCAGCAGCCACGGUGUUUGUGCAUCUUGCUCAAUAACUCAGCUUUGAGCUCUGCUUUCCCUGUUAACACAACCCUUGCUAUGGAACUUCCGCAUAUAUGUAGUGUUGAUUUUGAUAUUGUUUCUUGCACAGGUGCACCCUUGCCAUCGAUAUCGCCAACACCUCAAGUUUCUCUAGGGUCAGCUACCAAUACUACCGUGGCUUCUUCACCUAUGGCGUCGGUUACUCCAAAAUCCGGGUUCAUGGGACUGGGGUUUCACCCGAGCAAUGGCAUGAGGUCAAAGGAAUCGUCGCAAUUAUGGAUAUCCGCGCUGCUAGUUAUAUUUACUUACGUAUCGACUAGCACACUUUACUAA